GGCGCGACAUCCCGGCCAUGGCGGAGGAGCGGGGCCGAGACGAAGACCCUGGUCCCAACCCGUCGGUGCUGUUCCUGCACCCGGACCUGGGCGUGGGCGGCGCCGAGCGGCUGGUACUGGACGCGGCGCUGGCGCUGCAGGCGCGCGGAUGUAGCGUGAAGGUCUGGACCGCGCACUACGAUCCGGGCCACAGCUUCGCGGAUAGUCGCGAGCUGCAGGUGCGCUGCGCGGGCGACUGGCUCCCGCGCAGCCUGGGCUGGGGCGGCCGCGGCGCGGCCGUCUGCGCCUACGUGCGCAUGAUCUUCCUGGCGCUGUACGUGCUGUUUCUCGGCGACGAGGAGUUCGACGUGGUCGUGUGCGACCAGGUGUCUGCCUGUAUCCCAGUGCUCAAGCUGGCCAGACGGCGUAAGAAGAUCCUGUUUUAUUGUCAUUUCCCAGACCUGCUGCUCACCAGGAGAGAUUCGUUGCUUAAACGCUUAUACAGGGCUCCGAUCGACUGGAUAGAGGAAUAUACUACAGGCAUGGCAGACUGCAUCUUGGUCAACAGCCGGUUUACAGCUGCCAUUUUCAAGGAAACAUUCAAGUCCCUAUCUCACAUAGAUCCUGAUAUCCUCUACCCAUCUCUGAAUGUCACCAGCUUUGACUCAGCUGUUUCUGAAAAGCUUGAUGACCUCAUCCCCAAGGGGAAGAAAUUCCUGUUCCUCUCCAUCAACAGAUACGAAAGGAAGAAAAAUCUGACUUUGGCGCUGGAAGCCCUCAUAAAACUGCGUGGGAGAUUGACAUCCCAAGAUUGGGACAAGGUUCACCUAAUCAUGGCAGGUGGGUAUGACGAAAGAGUCCUGGAGAAUGUGGAACACUAUCAGGAAUUGAAGAAAAUGGUCCAGCAGUCUGACCUUGCACAGUAUGUGACCUUCCUGCGGUCUUUCUCAGACAAACAGAAAAUCUCACUCCUCUGCGGCUGUACCUGCGUGCUUUACACACCAAGCAACGAACACUUUGGCAUCGUCCCUUUGGAGGCCAUGUAUAUGCAGUGCCCAGUCAUUGCUGUUAAUUCGGGUGGGCCCUUGGAGUCCAUCGUCCACGGUGUCACAGGGUUUCUGUGUGAGCCUGACCCCGUGCACUUCUCAGAAGCAAUGGAAAAGUUCAUCCAUGAACCUUCCUUAAAAGCCACAAUGGGACUGGCCGGGAGAGCCAGGGUGAAGGAAAAGUUUUCCUCUGAAGCUUUUACGGAACAGCUCUACCAGUAUGUCGCCAAACUGCUGGUAUAAUCAGAAUUUUUUAAAGGCCUUUAUGCUGUAUUCAUAAUUUCAUUUUCUGUAGCUUGUAGACUCACUUUUGAAACCAAGAAAGAAACCUAGAAUCUAUUGCAGACAAGAUUAAAAGAAAAAUAUACUUGAAUCUUGAAUCUGAGCCACUUUCCUAUACACCACACCUUCCCAUCUACUUUUUCAGAAAAAGAAGGUAUGUUUUAUGCUAUGAUUAUUCCACGUCUUACCAGUAUUGAUUAAGAUAUAAAAAUGAUACAGUUCUACAUUCAGCAGAGUAUUUUAAUUAUAUUUUCUCUGGAUUUUUGUUGCUCUGCCUAUGAAUUUUGAGUCAUAGUGUGUCUUACUUGGUUUUGAUAGUCUAAGUACGUCAUCAUUGAAGUCGAUUAAUUUGGGUUCAUAGCAUAAUGAAAACAGGGUCACCGUAGUUCCCAAAAUCAAUGCACCUAAGCCUUCACUGUCCUCCAUUAGGAAAUUUUUGUUAGUCAUACCUUUUGCCUGGAUCCAUAGCAAGAAUGUUCUGUACUUUUUUACAAAGAUGAUUUAUUAUAUUUUUGCACACUGAGACAUUACAUUAAUAGAUGUUUAUCAUAAGAAAAGAAAAUAACAUUAGAUUUGGACCUCUUGAUCUGUGUGGUAUUGUUAGGAACGUAGACAACCAGGUCUGAAGUCCAAAACUAGAGUAAACUAGAUGUUGAAGUGAGAGGACAGUGUCACUCAUGAGUGUGCCUCUUCCGUGUGGUUGGCAUCUUCAUGUCCUCAGAGUCCUCAGCUUUGUUAAUGUUGGUGUUUUGUUAAGUGAGCUCCUACCAAGUGUAAGGCACAAUUGCUUUGUAUCCUUCAAGGCCUGCCUUAGGUGCCACGGCUGUGAGGCUUAACCCUCCUCCCUCCUCCCAGCCUGCACGUGGUGUUUGCCUUCCAUGUACCCUAGCCCUUUCGUGGCACUGACCAGUCUUACAGUUCCUUACUGAGCUGUUGGUCUAAGGACAAAUAAACAUUAAAGCACUUUUCAACGUAUCUUUACAGGUAAACUUAUUUAUUUUUUUAUUCCCUCCCAACGUGGGGCCUGAACUCACAACCCUAAGAUCAAGAGUCCCGUGUUCUACCAACUGAUCCAGUCAAGCACCCCAAAAGCUAAAUUCAAUUUUUUUUUAGUUUAUUUAUUUUGAGAGAGAGCGCAUGUGCGCAUGUGAGCCGUGGAGGGGCAGAGAG